UCUCUCUCCCUUCAACUCAACCUCCAAGUUAGUGAAGGGACACCUCACCCACCCACUCACCCCCUUCCUCUCUUCUCUUCUCUUCUCUCUACCCCGUUCCGUUCUCAUCUUCAACACCAUUCCUUUUUCAUUCCCAAUUACCACCAUAACACCACCACCUUCAUUUCAUUUUCUCUUCUAUUAUUAUCACCUAGUUAUAUAUAUUACUUUACUACUCACACCCCUCUCUCAAAAACUUCACUCACUUCAACAAUUUCUCUUUCUAGAAUCUAGUACAACCAUAACUUCCCUUCUUUCAUUCGAAUCCAUUACUCACUCAAACCAUAUCCAUCUGAAUCCAACAAUUUUUCAUUCUCUUUUCUCUUCCACAAAUAGAAACUACAAAAAUAUACUAACUUUCCAACACCCUUUUCCAUAAAUUCACCUCCCAAACCAAACAUAUAUUUUUUUCUCUCUUUUUUGGUGUAAGAUUUAAGAGUUGGCUUUGGAACAUGUCAUCACCUAUGAUCUCAAACCCAACAUCAACAACUGAUCGAUCACACAGAAUAAGAAAAAAGAAGAAAGCCCAAUCCAAAACCCAGCAAGCCCAAGAACAACAACAGAGAGAAAAUAGCCGUGCUAAAUGGAGGUCACAAGCCCAACAACAAAUCUACUCUUCCAAACUCCACCAGGCUCUGGCAAGAGUCAACAUCGGCGGCACCACUGGAGGGCCUCGUCGAGGCAAGGCCGUCCGUGAAGCCGCUGACAGAGCUCUCGCCGUCGCCGCAAAAGGAAGAACAAGAUGGAGUAGAGCCAUACUAAAAAACAAGCUCAGACUCAAAUUCCGAAAACAGAAGAGACAUCAACAAAACCGGGCUGUUGGACCGGCCCGGUCUAAAAAAGCCCGGUUCGGUGUUUUACGUCUUAAAGGAAAGACUCUACCAGCGGUUCAGAGAAAAGUUAAAAUUCUGGGCCGGUUAGUUCCUGGUUGUAGAAAAGAACCGUUACCGGUUAUUCUUGAAGAAGUUAUUGAUUAUAUACCAGCUCUUGAGAUGCAAGUUCGUGCCAUGUCAGCCCUAGCUGAUUUACUCUACGGUGCUUCCUCUUCCGCCGCCGCUGCCAGCGGUGGCUCCGGCUUCCCGCCGGCGAGUUAAUAAUAAUAUGUGGCCGCUGUUAUUUUUUUUAUUACUUUUUAAUUUUUGUUAUUAUUAAUAUUUGCAUCGGUUGAUCUAUCAACUCUUCUUGCAAGUAAAGGUUUUUGUUAAUUGUUAAUAUAUCUACUUAGUAUUAUAUUUUA